CCCGCCGAGUUUUUACCGGCCUUAUCUCGCAAAGCAAGCAAAAUCUACUGGAGAAAAUGGAAAGGUAGAAGGCCAGCCCAAUGGUGACACAAUCCCAGCUGAGCAAGCCAACCCUUCAGAUGACACUGUUGCUGGUGCUGGGAGUCGUCAGAAUGAUCAGAUAGUGCAGAAAAUAGAGGAAGUGCUCUCUGGAGCCCUUGAUACAGAGCUGCAGUGCAAAUCAGAUGUGGACAAAAAUACUGUGAAAAAUAGUACUCAGUCUACAAAAAGAAGCUCUACUGCUGAAGAUGAAAUUCCUAGGAAAAAAUCAAAGAAGAACAAGAAACACAAAAGCAAGAAGAAGAAGAAAAAGAAGAAGAAAAGAAAGAAAGAGAAAAAACAUAAAAAGCAGCCAAAGGAGUCAAAGCUGAGUACACGUCAUGGAGAACAUGCAGACUUGCAACCUGCUUCUCUCUCGAUGCCAGAGAAAUCAAGCUCCAAAUUGAGUGUACAGCAUGGAGGAUUUGGAGAUGCAAAUCUGGCUGUCCACUUGCAGCCAGAAGAACUGUGCUCAAAAGCAAGUGAGGAGCUUGAUAGACAAGCUUUAGGACUUGUUUCUCAUUCAAGAACUGAUUCUCCUCAAUCUACGGAAAAUCUUGGAAGUGAGAAGGGGACUUUGUGUGUAACAAAUCCUCCAUUUAAUUUAGAAGGCAGCCAAUCGGAUAUCCAAGAAAAUGCUAGUAUAACUCAAACUAAAAUUUGCACUAGAGAAGAACAAAUUAAACAGUCUCACGAAAAUAUUUAUCCUAUAGGUAUUAAUGCAAGUGAAAAGGGUGUUCUUGUUGAUACUGGAAAUGUCGCUUCAUCUAGCAUCCCAUCUGGAGUUGCCAGUAAAUCUGAAAUUCAGAAAGAUUCAGCAGCAACUCUAGCUUCAGAAGUAAUACAAGCACUAAAAGGUUCAGAAGUUAUUCUGAAAUCUAAAGACACUGGGCAAGUAAAAGCUUUGGAUACAGCUCUUGAGUCUGAGACCAUGGAGGUAUUGAAAUACUCAGAAGCACCUCUGCAACCUGUGGCACAGGAGGCAGCAAAAGAGUUAGAAGCAACUUCAAAAUCUGUGUAUUUGGCAGGUGAUGUGACAACAAUUCCUAAAUCUGCAAAUCAGGCAGAUCUGAAUACUGUGAAGGUAACUCAUGUGUCUGUGGCCAUGGAAGAAGUGAAAAUUCCAGAAGCACCUGAAAAAUCUCUGCAUAUAGGAAAUGUGGAAAGAUCUUUGGAAUUAGGAGGUGUGAGCAGAACUUUGGAGCCAGCCCUGAAGCCCUCAAUUAUAUCUGAUAAUUUGAGAGCGACACAGUGCAGCGCCACAGAGGGUUCAGGUGUCUUGAAGGCAGAUGUAUCUUUGCAGCAUCCUUUUAAAAUUUCUGCAGCGACUGCUGUGACCCAGCUGGAAGUAAAAAGUGCCAAAAUACCCCUGGGACCAGGAGCUGUUACAAAAGUGAAGGAUGUUGAACCAGCUAGAAGCUCUACACAUAUGGAAAAUGUGAAAGCUUUGGAAGAAGCUCUGCAGCCGAUUGGUGUAGUAAAGCCCAAAACUUUGGAAACAAUCAUGGAACCUGUGGGUAUUGUAGCAAAAGAUGUCAAAGCAGCUCGAGAAUGUCUGCAAGUUGAAGUAGUCAAAGAUGUGGAAGGUAACAUUGAUCCGGCAACAAUGCCGAAUGCAUCAAGAUUGCUCCUACAACCUGAAGUCUUGACAGAAACAAGAAGUGUGGAUAGAACCCAGGAGUCUGUACUUCCAGGAGAAUUGACAGAUGUGAACUUGUUUGCAGAGGCAAAAGGUUUAAGAGCAACUUUAGAACCCGUAGCAGUUGUGCAGACCAUUGUUCCCCGAACAACUCUGGAAAUCCCGAUGGCAGAGGGUUUUAGAGCUCCACGAGCAGCCAUGGAAGUUGCAGCACUAACAGGAGUAAAAAGUCGAGAAACAAGUCAAACUACUCUGCAACUGGAAAAUACUAAUGCUUCAAAAAUUUCAGAAUCUACUCUCCAGCCUGUAGCUGUAGCAGAGGCAAAACAUUCAGAAGGUACUUCAUUGCUGAGAGAAUCAGGAUCUGGGAGUGAAUCGACUGUGAGAGCUUUGGAAGCAACUCCCCUGUCUUCGCAGCAAGAAGACGUGAAAGGUCUAGGAGGAGUCCUAAGACCAAUGGCUGUGGUGGAAGCAAAAGCUUUGAAAACAGCUUCACUGUCUUUGCAAAUGGAAGGUAUGAGAGCUUCAGAAGCAGCUGUGCAUUGUGAGACUGUGGCCAGAGGUUUAGCAGCAACACUAGAUUCAACAGCAGUGUCAAAAAGUCCAGAAAUAAAUUUAGAUAGUAUGACAGGAGUAGGAGCAGGCUCAGAUGCUGGUCUCCUAGCUAUGAAAGUCAGAUCUGUGAGAGCAGUGAAAAGUUUGGAAACAACUAUAGGACCUGUAGCAGAGACAGAAAGGAAAGAUUCAGAGGCAGACCUUGAGAGAGCCAGGACAGAGAUGAAGACAUCUUCAUCACAGAUGCAUGUGAAAGGUGUGAGAGAUUUAGGAGAUCCAGCAUCUGUAGGUGUGACAAAGGUACAAGCUUUAGAAGCAGUCUUGCAGCCUGGAACCCUUUUAGAAGAAAGGUCAGAAAGGACUCCUGAAUCUGUCGUUGGAUAUGUAGGCACGGAACCAGUUAGAGAGUCUCAUGCGUUAGCCGGAAUGACGCAUUUGAAAACCACAGCAGAGAGAGAACCAAAACAUGCAGAAAUGGUUGCAGAACCUCUUGGUGCAAGCAAAACAAAGAGUUCCAUCAUUUCACAGUCUCAAGUCAUGACACAUACAAGAACCUCACAGACUGAGAUGGUAGGGGAGAUAAAGGAUUCUGAACUAGCUACCAGUUCUGCUUCUGUAGAGGUUGGAGGUUUAGGCAACUUGUCGGAAGUUGAGGCAGUUGCAGAGGUAAAAGAUGUGGAAGCGAGAUCAAAAACUUCACGCUUAACACAGAUGAAAAAUUUGGAAAUGGUUGAGGGAUCUGAAACAGGGACAUUGAUGCAAGGCUUGGGAAGGACAUUGUCAUCUGAGGUGGUUAGAGAAAUUAGACAUUCUGAAGUUGCUCCAGAAGAUCCAGAUAAAGCAAUACUAGAACCUGUGCAAACAGUGACAGUGCAAACUUUAGAAACAAGUUCAAAAUCUGUACAGGAACAAACAGUAGGACGUUCAGAAGCAGUGUUAGAGUCUUUGCCCAGAGUGGGAGAAAAAACUAUGGCAUCAGAAGUAGUGACAGAAGGGAGAAACUUGAAGGGAACUUUGGAGUCUAAGAUUUUGACAGAUGUGAGAACUCAGGGACCUACUGUGGAAUAUAUAAUUGCAACAAGGAGGACAAGCACAAAAAAAAAUGAACCCUUGCAUAUCAAUGUAAAAGAUUUGGAAGAAGCUUCAGAAACUGAGAAGGCAAUGAAAGCAAAAUAUUUGGAGCCAGCAUCAGAAGCUAGAGAAGUGAGAUUGUUGGAAAGUAUGAAAGAGUCUGCAACAGUAGAGGUGAAAAGUUCUGAAACAGUCAAAGAGCCCGAGGUACACAUGGAUAUCCAAGGUUUGGAAACUUCCCAUAAGUCUGGAAAUGUGGGGGAGGUGGAUGUUUUAGAGGGUGCUUCAGAAGCUGUUCCAGAACCUUUGCAUGCUGAAAAGCAGGAACAUCCACAAGCAGUUCUGCAGCAGGUUUUGCUUCCAGAAUGGAAGAGUAAAGAAGAGGCUACAGAAAUCUUGAGUGCUCCUGAAAUGAAAUCUUCUGAAGCAUUUCCAAAACCAGGGGACGUGAAAGAUCUAGAAAAAACACUAGAACAUGAAGUGGCAGCAGAAGUACAGUAUGCAGAAGGGGUGCAGGUUCAACAAAUGGAGGAUGUGAGAGUUCCAGGUGAAGCUCAGGAAUGUGAGAUACUGGUUGAGAAGGAAGAUGCAGAGCAAACUCGAGCAUCUGAGCCUUUAAUAGCAGAAACAGUUUCUAGUGCUUCAGGUGCAGCAGAUGAAAAAGAUGCAGCAGGGACUCCUGAAUCUGAAAUAGUCAGAGACACAAAACAAUCAGAAGCAUCUACAUCUCAUGAGGCAGAAACAAAAGAUUUGGAAACAGCUCCUCUUCCUGAGACUGUUGUAGAACUGAAAGAUGCAGAAGCAGCUGUGGGGUUGGAGGCAGAGACAAAAGAUUUGGAAGCAGCUUCGGUACCUGAGACUGUUACAGAAGCAGUUCCAGUACUUGUGGCAGAGGCAAGCCAGUCAGAAGUCAUUCCACAGGCUGAGGCUGUCAAAGAAGCAACUCCAGAACAGGAGUCGGAGAAGAGAGAUUCAGAAACAUCUGAUGUGCAACCUGAUGUGGCAGCACGAAUGAGGGAGACUCUAAUGAGACUUGAGAAAGUUAUUGAAAAAAGUAGCCACAGAAGCAGUGAUAAAAAACAUGAUGCAAAGAAGCAAAAAAGGAGUCGCUCCAAGUCUCAGUCCAGGUCUAGGAAGCGGAAGAAAAAAUCCAGGUCGCGUUCUGCUUCCAGACGUUUGACCUCUAAAAGAGCACGUUCUAGGAGCAGAAACUAUUCAGAUUCCAGAAAAAAGCAUUCCAAAUCUAGAUCCAGAUCUGUGGAGAAGAGAGAGAGAAGAGUGUCUUCCCGGAGGUCCAGGCGCAGACGUUCCAGGUCGUCUGACCGUUACAGGUCUAAAUCCAGAUCAGCAGAAAAGAGAGGGAGCAGAUUGUCCUCUGGGAGGUCCAGACGUAGACGUUCCAGGUCUUCUGACCACUACAGGUCUAAAUCCAGAUCAGUGGAAAAGCGACUGUCCUCCCGAAGGUCCAGACGCAGACGUUCCAGGUCUUCUGACCGCUAUAGAUCUAAAUCCAGGUCAGUGGAAAAACGACUGUCUUCCCGAAGAUCUGGACGUAGACGUUCCAGGUCAUCCGACCGCUACAGGUCUAAGUCCAGGUCAGUGGAAAAGCGACUGUCCUCUCGAAGAUCUGGGCGCCGACGUUCCAGAUCUUCUGACCACUACAGAUCUAAGUCACGGUCAGUGGAAAAGCGACUGUCUUCCCGAAGAUCUGGACGCAGACGUUCCAGGUCUUCUGACCGCUACAGAUCUAAGUCCAGGUCAGUGGAAAAGCGACUGUCUUCCCGAAGAUCUGGACGUAGACGUUCCAGGUCAUCUGACCGCUACAGGUCUAAAUCACGGUCAGUGGAAAAGAGGGGGAGCAGGUUGUCCUCCUGGAGAUCCCGUCGCAGACGUUCCAGGUCUUCUGACCAUUCUAAAUCUAGAUCCAGGUCUUCAGAAAAGAGAGGAGGCAAAGAAUACUCAUGGAGGUUCAGACAUAGAGGAUCUGGUUCCUCUGACCGUUCGAAAUCUAGGUCGAGGUCUGUUGAGAAGAGAGGUCGGAAGGCAUCCCUGCGGAGAUCUAAACGGCAGCGCUCAAAGUCCUCUGACCGUUACAAGUCUAGAUCCAGAUCAGUAGAAAAAAGAGAUCGAAAGCAAUCAUCGCGGAAGUCUAAACGUCAGCGCUCAAAGUCCUCUGACCGUUACAAGUCUAGAUCCAAAUCAGUGGAAAAAAAGAAGGAGUCCUCACGAAAAUCUAAGCGCCGCCGCUCAAAAUCUUCUGAACGUUACAAGUCUAGGUCUAGGUCUGUUGAAAAAAAGCGUAAGGAAUCAUCAAAAAAAUCCAAACGGAAACGUUCCAAGUCCUCUGAUAGUGUUAAGUCAAGGUCCAAAUCUGUAGAAAAAAGAGAGAGUAAGUUAUCCUCAGUAAAGUGCAGUAGCAAGCGUGUGGAGUCUUCCGAACUUCAGGAGUCAACCAAAUGUCUUGAAAAAGUAGAUGUUCCUGAACCUUCUUUUGCAAGUGAAGGCAGCUCCUCCAAAUCCUCUAAUGGUCCCAUGUCAGUAGCUUUGUCUGUUGAAGGAAUAAAUGGCCCAGAGCUGCCGCCAGCAUCUGAAAGUGGAUUUUCCAAAACUUUUGAUGGUCUUGAGAAAAGCUCCUCAUCUGUUGAAAAAACAGCAGGUCUGCAGCCUUCUGUGACUCCUGAAUUUGACAGCUCCAAAACCUCAGAUGACCAGGAGUUGAGAUCCAUGCCUGUGGAAAAAUCACAAGUUUCAGAGCUUUCUGUGUCAUCUGAAAAUGGAUCAGCUGAAAAAACAGUAGCUCUGGAGUCUUCAUCACUAUGUGAACUUACGUACUCCACAUCCAAGUCAAGAUCCUCAUCUGUUGAAAAAAGGGGAGAUCCAGAAGAUUCUUCGGUAACAGAAUUUCAGCUCUCCACGUCCCAUGAAGAUGAGUCGAGAUCUACUUCCCUCAAAGAAAUAGAGGGUCCAGAGCCUCUUCUGACACUUGAAAGCGGAUGCUCUGUAUCUUCUGAGGAUUACAAGACAAUCUCCUCAUCCUCUGGAAGAGUGGACGUUCAGGGGUCUUUGAUGUCUGAAAGUGUACUUUCUGACUUGGCUGAUGGUCAUGAAUUGAGACAUACUCGUGUUGCAAAACCACUGUGUUUUGCAGGACUUGAAAGGGAAUCUUCCAAGUUGUCUGACAGCCCUGAGUCAAGGUCACUAUCUUUUGAAACAGUAGAGGCUGAAAAAUCUUUACCAGCACCUGAAGUUACAUGCUCUGCAUUCCCUGAUGUCUGUGAGUCAGCCUCCUUGCCUGUUGAAAAGAGCCAGAUAAAGGAGCCUUCUCUGACUUCUGACAAUGGAUGCUUCAAGUCUCCUGAUGGACAUGAAUCAGGAUCCAGCUUUGCUACACAAAGAGAGGAGCUUCUUUUGAUGUCUGAAGGUGGGUCCUUCAAGUCACCGGAUGGAAAUGAACAAAGAUCUUUAUCUGUUGAAAAAGUAAAGGUUCCAGAUGUUUCCCUCACAUCUGAGUGUGGUCCUGUCGAGAUCUCGGGUGACCUCAGUUCAGCAUCAUCUUUUGAAAAACUGCAUGAAGUUGUACUCACAACUGUAGGACAAAGCUGCAAGUCUUCUGAAGUUCAUGAGUCCAGAUCAUCUGUUGACAAAGAUUUUGACGGUCCGACGCUUCCACAAGUACUUGAAAUCGACUGCUCUCAAUCGUCUGAAAUGUAUGAAUCUAGAUACCUGCCUGCUGGAAAAAUAGAGUGUAUAGGAUCAUCUUUGAUGUCUAAAAGCGGAAUUCCUGUGUGCCAUGAUGUUCAUAAAGCAAAACACAAUUACAUUGAGAAAAUAGAAGGUGCAGAACUGUCAUUGGCAUCUAAGCUUAGGUGUUUUGUCUUUGCUGAAGGCUAUGAGUUGACAUCCACUGCAGCUGAAAAAACAGAGAUACAGAAGCCUGUUCUCCAACUGGAAAGUGAGUUCUCCAAGUCUACUGAUGUUUGUGAGUCAGUAAGCACACCUACUGAAAAACUACAGGCCUCAGUGACUUCUCUGACAUCUGAAGGUGGGCUUUUCCUGUUGCCCGAUAGUCACGAAUUGAGACCUAUCCCUGCUGAAAAAGUAGAGAUGCGAAAGUCAUCUUUGUCCUCCGAACUGAAAUGCGUUGUAUCCCCAGAUGGCCACAAGCUGAGAUCUGCCUACGAUGAAGAAAUACAGGUGCAGGAGCCACCUCUGGUACUCGAAAGCAGAUGUUCUGUUUCCUCUGAUAGUCGUGACUUGGCAUCCACCCCUUUUGAAAAAGUUGAGGUAGAGGAACCUUCUCAAAUGUCUGAAAAUGAAUACACAAUAGGACUUGAUGGCCCGGAGUUGACAUCAACCCCUGCUGAAAAAACAGAGAUGCAGGUACUUUAUCAGAUGUCUCAGGAGAGAUGUUCAGUGUCCAUUGAGAGCCAGGAGUUGGGGUCGCCCCCUGUUGAAAAGAUAGAAGUGCAAGAACCUGCUCUGAUGUCUGAAAAUGAAUAUGCUAUAUCUUGGGAGGGCCGGGAGUUGAGAUCUAGCUCUCCUGAAAAGAUAGAGAUGCGGGAGGCUUCUGUAGUACCUGACAAUGAAUAUGCUGUGUCUUCUGAAUGUCAUGAAUUGCCGUCUUCCUUUGCUGAAAAAACAGACGUACAGGAGUGUUCUCUACUGUCUGAAAAUGAAUAUGCUGCAUCUCCUGAGGAUCGGGAGAUGACAGCCAGCCCUGCUGAAAAAGAGGUGCAGGAGCCUUCUCUGAUAUCUGACAGUGAAUAUACCAUCUUCCCUGAAGGCCAAGGAUUACAGUCUACUCUUGCUGAAAAAACAGUGGUACAGAAGCCUUCACUAAUAGCAGAGAAUCAAUAUGCUGCAUCUCCUGAAAGGCAAGGGUUGCGCUCUGUUCUUACUGAAAAAACAGAGGUGCAGGAGUGUUCUUUGCUGUCUGAAAAUGAGUAUGAGGUGUCCCCUGAAGGCCAUGAUUUGAGAUCCAGUCCUGUUGAAAAAGAAGAAAUGGAAGAACCUUCUGAAACAUCUGAAAGUGAAAGUUCAGUGUCCACUGAUAGCCAAGAGUUGCAGUCUACUGUUGUUGGAAAAACAGAGGUGCAGGAGUUGUCUUUGUCUGAAGGUGAAUGUACCCUCUCCCCUGAAGAGUAUGAAUCAAGACUGACUUAUGCUGAGAAAACAGAGGAUAUGGAUUCUUCUUUGACAUCUGAAAAUGACCAUCUUUUGUCUUUUGAGAGCCAGGAGGUAAGAUUCACUGCUCUUCAAAAAGCCGGUGUUCGGGAGCUUUCUCCAACACCUGAAAAUGAACAUGCAGCAUCCCUUGAUGGCCAGGAGUUGAGAUUCCCCACUGUUGGAAAAGCAGGUGGUCUCGAACCUUUGACGCUAAAUGAUAGAGCUUCCAUGUCCCCUGAUGACAGUGACUUGAAAUCCAUCCCUGUUGAAAAAAUAGAUGAUGCAGUGCCUUCUUCAGCGCAUGAAAGUGGGUGUUCCAUGUCUCCUGAUGGCUACAGUGUGAAAUCUGGCCCUGGUGAAGAAACAGGGGAUCUAGACCCCUCUUUGAUACCUGAACGUAGACAUUCUACAUCCUCAUAUCAGGAAGGUUGUGAGCUGAAAUCUCCCAUGGAUGAAGAGGGUCUAGAAUCUUCUUUGACUUCUGAACAUAGACGAUCUGUGUCCCCUGAGGGCCAUGACCAGAAAUCUACCAUAGAUGAAGAAAUAGAUGAUCUGGAGCCCUCUUUGACAUCUGAACAUAGGCGCUCCAUGUCCCCUGAUGAGCAGGAGUCAAGAUCUAGCAUUGGUGAAGAAGGAGAGUAUCUGGAGCAGCCUUUGACAACGGAACGUAGGUGUUCCGUGUCUUCUGAUGAGCAUGAGUCAAGGUCUACCACUGGGGAAGACAUAGAGGAUGCUGAACCUUCCUUGACAGCUGAACGAAGAGACUCCACAUCCUCUGAUGAGCAUGAGUCGAGGUCUACUGCUGGUGAAGAUAUAGAAGAUGGCGAGCCCUCUUUGACAGCUGAACGUAGACACUCCACGUCCUCUGAUGACCAUGAGUCAAGGUCUACAACUGGUGAAGAAGUAGAGGAUUUGGAACCUUCUUUGACAGCUGAACAUAGAUGCUCCGUGUCUCCUGAUGGACGUGAGUCAAGGUCAACCACCGGUGAAGAGGCAGAGGACCAGGAGCUCUCUUUGACAGCUGAACGUAGGCACUCCACAUCCUCAGAUGAACAUGAGUCAAGGUCUACCACUGGUGAAGAUGUGGAGGAUAUGGAACCCUCCUUGACAGCUGAACGAAGAGAUUCCACAUCAUCAGAUGAGCAUGAGUCGAGAUCUACCACCGGUGAAGAGGGUGAGGAUAUGGAACCCUCUUUGACAACUGAAUGCAGACGUUCCACAUCCCCUGAUGGGCGUGAAUCGAGGUCUACCACUGGUGAAGAAGUAGAUGAUGUGGAGCCGUCCUUGACAGCUGAACGAAGAGACUCCACGUCAUCAGAUGAGCAUGAGUCAAGGUCUACCACUGGUGAAGAGGGUGAGGAUGUGGAGCCCUCUUUGGCAGAUGAAGAUAAACAGGAUUCUGUGCAUCUUGAGAGAUUGGAGGAACAGGACUCUUCCUUUAUACCUGAAAGUAGGCGUUCUGAGUCUUCUGAACGUGAAAAAUCUAGAUCCAAAUCUGUUGAUAAAAUAUCUGACAAAGAGUCUUCACGAAGAUCUAUAAGCAGACGCUCAAAAUCUCCUACUCUCCAAAAGAGUCGAUCCACAUCUGUUGAAAAAGCAGCAGACAAAGAGUCUUCACGGAGAUCUAGGCGUAGACGCUCCAGGUCCACUGCUCACCAGAAGAGUCGGUCCACAUCUGUUGAAAAAACAGCAGACAAAGAAUCUUCACGGAGGUCUAGACGUAGACGCUCCAGGUCCACUGCUCGCCAAAGGAGUCGAUCAACGUCUGUUGAAAAAGCAGUAGACAAAGAGUCUUCCCGCAGGUCUAGACGUAGACGCUCCAGGUCCACUGCUCGCCAGAGGAGUCGAUCCAAAUCUGUUGAAAAAACAGCAGAGAAAGAAUCUUCGCGGAGGUCUAGAAGCAGACGCUCCAGGUCUUCUCAGCAUAGAUCCCAGAGAUAUGAUACAGAAUCUCGCUCUAGACGUAAUCGCUCCAGAUCAGUAACGCGGAGAAGAGCAUCAAGAUCAAAAUCUAACCGUCGUUCUCGGUCUAGCUCAUUGUCACGUUCAAGGCACAGAAGGAGGAGUAGGUCAAGGUCAGCAUCAAGAAGACGGCGUUCUUUAUCAAGAGACAGGCGUAAGAGAUCUCAGAGAAAUAGAUCAAGAUCUACUGAUAGAAGAAGAAGAAGAUCAGAUUCAAGAGAUCAUAGAAUUUCCCUCAGAUUACGCAGCAGGAGUCGAACACCUAUUCGUCAAAGGCGAUCAAGGUCAAGAGGAAGAAGACGGAGCUCUAGUAGGUCGCCAAUUCGACUACGGCGAUCAAGAUCUUCAGGGAGAAGAAGAUACAGCAGAUCGCCCGAUCGUCGUAGGUCGAGGUCAUCGGAACGAUUUUCAAGCAGGUCACCUAAACGUCUUACAGACUUGGACAAGGCUCAGCUACUUGAAAUAGCCAAAGCUAAUGCAGCUGCCAUGUGUGCUAAGUCUGGUGUUCCCUUACCACCAAGCCUGAUGCCUUUGUUAUCGCAAAAGAAAGACGACAAAGCCAGUCAGAAGUCAUCACGAGAUACACUAAAGGAGCUCACUGAGAAAUGCAAGAAAAUCGCUCAAAGCACGGAUGAUGUGAUAGUGAACAAACCUCAUGUUUCUGAUGAAGAGGAGGAAGAACGUCCUUUCUAUAAUCAUCCUUUUAAGCUCAGUGAACCCAAACCUAUUUUUUUCAAUUUAAGUACUCCCAGUAUAAAACCAGCACCACCACCACAACCAAAAAAUCAGGUCAGCCUGUCAAAGGAAUUUCCUGUUUCAUCUGGGUCUCAACAUAGGAAAAAAGAAGCAGAUAGUGUCUAUGGAGAAUGGGUUCCAGUUGAAAAAGGCAAAGAAGAAAGCAAGGAUGAUGUUUUCCCCAAACCAUCCAUUGAGGGUGUGGACAUAACUACAGCUAUGAAUGAUCGAGCAGUGGCUCAGAAAAGGCUUAAUGAAAACACAUUUGAUUUAGAGGCCAUGUGCAUGUUAAAUCGUGCACAGGAACAGAUUGACGCCUGGGCUCAGUCAAACUCCAUACCUGGCCAGUUCACAGGAAGUACUGGAGCACAGAUAUUGUCCUCAGAUGAGCUGACCAACAGUGGUCCCCAAGCAUGGAUUAGAAAGGAUCAGUUCUUAAGAGCAGCCCCUGUAACUGGAGGAAUGGGAGCUCAACUGAUGAGAAAAAUGGGCUGGAGAGAAGGAGAAGGGCUUGGAAAAAACAAAGAAGGCAGCGUUGAGCCUAUUAUGGUCGAUUUUAAGACAGAUCGAAAAGGGCUUGUUGCUGUGGGAGAGAAGGCACAAAAGAGAUCUGGACAUUAUGUUGUGAUGAAGGAUCUUUCAGGUAAACAUCCAGUUUCUGCAUUGAUGGAGAUCUGUAACAAAAGAAGAUGGUCACCACCUGAAUUUGUGUUGGUGGAUGAUAGUGGGCCUGAUCAUCGCAAACAUUUUAUCUUCAAGGUGAGAGUCAAUGGGAAUGAAUAUAGGCCUACUUUUGCCAGCCUUAAUAAGAAGCAUGCUAAAGCCACAGCAGCAACUGCGGCUCUCCAAGCGAUGGGACUUGUACCAAAGGAAAGCAUGGUUAAUACCACCAUGUUUAGGAGUGCCUCACACCGCUAGAUAUUGUUUUUUAUAUUGACGUUAUUUCAGAUAAUUUUACUCUGCACAAAAAUGGUAUUUGCCCUUUCAUGUUGUAAAUACAUUGGCAAUUCCCACGUUGUAAAAACUGUACAGACACCUUCAGGUUUUUCUUUUGUACCAUCCAAAUGUAUUUAAAUCAUACUUAGUUUUUGGUAUGUUUAUAUUGUUUACAUUAGUGAUGUAAUUAUUUCUUAAAUGACUAAAUCAGACGACAGACUCUGGAGGCAACAGUAAUCUAAACCCUUGUUUUAAAACUCAUGCAAUUUCUCUUCAAUACGGAAUGUUAACACUUUCAUACCGUUUUGUACUAUGCUGCAGUUUUCCCUGGUCUCGGUAAAGCUACUCGCGCGCUUUUGCCAACAGCUGGUAAAAGGUCGUGCGGCUUACCUUUAGUCUAGUCGAGGCUGGCGUGUACUGCUGGACAGAUACUGGGCCAGUACCGCGACCCCUGUGAGAGAGCAUGCGGCAGCAGCCCUGUUGUACGGUGUUAACGCCGUGGCUUCUCUUUGAAUUUUGUUUGGGGGUUUAACUCGGUGGCGUGCUGCGCCUGGCCGUACAGCCCGUACUCUAGGACAGAGGCGGUUAGGCAAAAGACGUGCUUGCAAAAGGGAUGGCAGAAAGUCCAGCAAUGGAACCGACGAGACUCGCAAUGUAAAGGUGACUCUCCCUGCAUGUUCUACGAAGGGAGAUGAUGGAGUUGUCUAUUCCAAACAAAUUAACACACUGCCUGAUGUUGAUUGUAUGAAUUUGUGGUUAAUGUGAAUUUUAAACUCUUAACAGAUCUACAACUGGAUUCGGGGGGAGGGAGGGGAUAGAAUGAUGCUUAAAUUGUUGUACCCAACUUGGUCAAUAAAGCAGCACAAGUUCAUAAUCUCAA